AUGGCUCGGCCGCCCUCGGAGCUGGAAGCCGGCGCCGCUCGCACCACGUGGGCCGGGGGCGGGGCUCGGCGGCGCCCCGGAAGCAGACGCCUCUCGUCCCGGAAGCGCCGGCGGGGCGGGGAGAUGGCGGCGGCGGCGGCGGUGGCGGUGCGGUGGCUGGGGUUUCGCGCUGCGCGGCCGGCGCCGGCCCCGGCGCGCGCCGUCCGGAGGAGCGUCCUUGCGGUCCCCCUGCGCCCAGGGUUGGCCUGGAGCCCAAGCAGGUGUGGUAGUUCUGCAGCUGAAGCACCUGCCACCAAAGCGAAGGAUGACUCCUUUCUCCAGUGGUUCCUGCUUCUCAUUCCUGUGACUGCCUUUGGCCUGGGGACCUGGCAGGUCCGGCGUCGAAAGCGGAAGCUGAAGCUGAUAGCAGAGCUCGAGUCUAGAGUUAUGGCUGAGCCCAUCCCUCUGCCAGCAGACCCAAUGGAACUGAAGAACCUGGAGUACAGGCCAGUGAAGGUCAGGGGGCACUUUGACCACUCCAAGGAGCUGUACAUGAUGCCUCGGACGAUGGUGGACCCGGCCCGGGAGGCCCGGGAGGCCGGCCGCCUCUCUUCCUCGCCGGAGAGCGGGGCCUACGUCAUCACCCCCUUCCACUGCACAGAGCUGGGAAUCACCAUCCUGGUAAAUAGAGGGUUUGUCCCCAGGAAGAAAGUGAAUCCGGAUACACGGCAGAAAGGCCAGAUCGAGGGAGAAGUGGACCUAGUUGGGAUGGUGAGGCUGACAGAAACCAGGAAGCCCUUUGUCCCUGAGAACAAUCCAGAAAGAAAUCAUUGGCAUUACCGGGACCUGGAGGCCAUGGCCAGGCUCACAGGCGCAGACCCCAUUUUCAUUGAUGCCGACUUCAAGAGCACCGUCCCCGGGGGACCCAUUGGAGGGCAAACCCGAGUCACUCUGAGGAACGAGCACAUGCAAUACAUCAUCACCUGGUACGGACUCUGUGCAGCUACGUCAUACCUGUGGUUUAAGAAAUUCCUACGUCGGACUUCUGGUGUGUGAGAUUAGCAGAUGUAGCCCUUCCCCUAAAUUAUCAGGAAGUGGCUGAUUUGUGGAGAUGUUUUCAUGUGGGAUCAGCAACUACUGGCAUAAAUAAAUCUCUGUGCUAC